AUGGAGAGGAUGGAAUCCAUGGAGCCCAUCUCGGCGCUCUACACGACGGAUUACCCCGAGAUCCACCCGGAGGAGAGCUGUCGCUCCGCCGGCAGCCCGCUGGGCUCUCCGUCCGCGCCGUCCUACAACGAGGAUCUGAUGCACAAGACCAUCCUGGUGGGGGACAGUGGCGUGGGGAAGACGUCCCUGCUGGUCCAGUUCGAUCAGGGGAAGUUCAUCCCUGGGUCCUUCUCCGCCACCGUGGGCAUCGGCUUCACGAAUAAAGAGGUGACUGUAGACAACGUGAAGGUGAAACUACAGAUCUGGGACACUGCAGGACAGGAGCGGUUCCGGAGUGUAACUCACGCGUACUACCGUGACGCCCAGGCCCUCCUCCUACUCUAUGACAUCACCAGCAAGACAUCCUUCGACAACAUCAGGGCCUGGUUAACAGAGAUCCAUGAGUAUGCACAGAGGGACAUAGUCAUCAUGUUGCUGGGCAACAAGGCUGACAUGGCCGGUGAAAGGGCGAUCAGGAGGGUGGAGGGAGAAAACCUUGCCAGGGAGUACUGUGUUCCCUUCAUGGAGACUAGUGCAAAGACCGGAGUGAAUGUGGAGAUGGCUUUCAUUUCAGUGGCCAAGGAACUGAAACGCAGAUCGGUGCGGCGCCCGGACGAGCUAACCUUCCAGAUCCACCAGUACGUCGAGGCAGAGGAGCCGAAGCUUACCUGCUGCAGCUACUUCUAG